AUGGGGGUAGGAUAGCUAGGCUAGGCUGGAUGUCAUUAGCUGGGAGGGAACCCCAUGUUGUCUGCCAAUGGCUAGGGACUUUAAAAGGAGUGCACUUCCGCCAGAUUCCCUCCACUUAGCUAUAGUGGAGACAUGGUUGGUUCUCCCUGUAUAGUAAUCAAGGCUUUAAUGGUUUAAACAUUACAAGGCAGGACUUCACAGACACUUUGCAUCUAAAAUCAGUCUAAUUGCCUCCCAUUUGGGCAUUUCUGCUGUAAUUUCUGCUUUUAUUAGGAUACCCAUUAGCUGACUCCAAUGGCGACAGCUAGUCUUCCUGGGGUCCGACACAUAACGAAAAAUACAUUACAGACAAAAAUACUUUACAAAUUGAAAAAAAAAUGUAUCACAUUUUCACUUUUAAAAGGAUGUUAAAUGUAGCCUACAUACUCUAUAGCUUUCAACAGAGUUUGUAUAUUCAGUUCUCAUCAUUUUGAUGGAUUUCAUGAUUCUUUAUGUUUGUAUGAUCAUUAUUUUUCAGAUACACAUUGUGACAAUGAAGGCAGCAAUUGUUUUCUUCCUGCUCUUUGCAACGGUCCUCUGUCGCCCGGCGAUACGAUCGCCCAGCAACAGUUCAGAGAGCUCAGAGGAAGUGGUGAGUGUUCCUUUUAUAUGAGAACAUACAGUAUAUUUCGAAAAGACAGUCAGACAGAGAGACAGAUAUGUGCAUCAACUUAAAUUCCUGUUCAUGUUGGCAGGUAAAACCAGCUCCAGUGCUUGGGAUAGCCCCAGCAGAACUUACCGAGAUUGCCCCUGUACAGGUAAGAGACUCUUUCAGCAAACAUUCCUUUAUCAUCUGUAGGUGUGUUGGCAUUGAAAUGUAUAAAUUUGUCCUGUAGGGAAAACUGCAUUAAUAUGUCAGUUUUUAUUGGAAUCUUUUUAAUGCUAAGGUUUUCUUUUAGAAUGUGGAUGCUGCUACAACAUCAGACGAGAGCUCCGACGAAGAUGAAACAGAAGUAAAACAUAAUUCUGUUGUAGCAUAAAAUGCUAAAUCAAUCUUACACCUGAUAGAAACAACCAUAUCUGUGCUUUUGAUGGAUGUUACUUCACGCGUUGAUUGAUCCUGUUUUUCUAUUCUCCAGGGAGCUGAUCCUACAUCAGAUCCAACAUCGGACAGCACAGCAUCAACAGACAGCGAUGAAAGCGAGGACAGCGCAGACAGUGCAGACAGCGAUGUGAGUAAUGCACCAUGUAUAAAACUACUGACAAUGAAGACGUCUAGCUAAUGUUGACAGACAGGAGCAUUUCACCAAGCUCUUAUUUUAACUUGAUAUCUUAAGAGAGGUUAUGUAAAACUAAAGGUGUUGUUGUGAUGUGGUUUGUUUUCAGGAUACAGACGAGUCCAGUGAGUCAGAGGAGGCAGACACCACCGCUGCCCCUCCUACAGCUGAGCCCAUCGUAGAGCCCACCCUGGCCCCCAUCUACGACGACGGACGCGGAGACAGCCUGGGUUACCCCAGCGACUACAAGAAGUCUAUCAUCUAUAUAGAUACUGACAACAUCGAGAAGGGACCCUCCCCUUACAAAUCCCAUGGAAAGAUGGAUGAGGGGAUGUAUGCUGGCAAGAAGGUGUCCGUCAAUGACACCGGGCUCGGAAACGAGAUUGAGAAAACGAUGACAGUGUUCAAGGUAAAUUUGUUUCUCCUCUGUGUUAGAAUUCUCCAUCUAAAACUCAUAGGCAUUAUUCCCUUCCAUUUAGUUUUGGAAGUUUAUCUAAACAUCCUUCCGCCCCCUCCCUCUCGCUCCCUCCAGGCCCUGCAGGUGCAUGAUUUGAUGGAGGACACCAGCACCCCCGAGGUGGAGAGCCAGGGUCUGGAUGCCUCCAGUGUGAAAGCCGAGGAGCCCAGCCUGCGCCAGGUGCAUGUCGACAAAGCCAGCCAGGACAGGACCCCCUCUGAGCGCACCAGUAGCGCUAGCAGCGACGGUACCAGCGAGAGCACCAGCACCAGCGCCAGUAAUGAGACUGACAGCAGCAACAGCAGUGAGGAGGCUACAGCCAAGCCCGGGGCAGCAGACAGCGACUCAACAGAGAGCAAUGAGAGCCAUGACAGUGACAGCGACUCGGCUGAGGAGGCGGCCACAGAGGCUACCGUCACUACCGACGCUCCCGUCGUCAUCACAGCCAAGUAAAGGCCUGUCUUUCUCCUCCUGCUGCUGUCGACAGUGAAGAAUGCUACUAGGACCUGGAAGGUGCUCUAUGACCCGGCCUUAGGAGGAUAGGUCAGAACGGAGAGGAUAACGAAGAAAGAGAUAAGCACAACUCAGGGCCCUUAGGGUCUGAUACAGUACGACAAUAAUACCUGAUAAGAUUCAUACUAGCUAUCUCAUCAUGGCAUAUAGAACGGUCAAUUAUUGUUCAAUUGCACAAUUAUUUACACUACAUGUUGUUUGUCCCAUAAUGUAUAACGUUGUAUCAUUUCUAAAUACAUACAUUCUUCUUUUCAUAAA